ACUCCGCGGCCAGCUUCCAAGCCGAUCCGACUAAGCUUCGUCCUGCCGAACGGCACGCCGCAUCCUCAUGUGAGUCCUCCUUCGCUGGCUCUUCUGUUUGUGGCCCGCUGCUCAUACGUGUGCGCGUACGUGGGCGGCUUUGGCCCACGCGCGAAGGGGCGUGGCAACUGGGGUGGCAGUGGGGAGCAGCGCGAGUGUGCCGUCGCUGCCGCCGACGCUGCUGGCGCUUCUGUUGCCUGCCUGCGUCGCUGUGUAGCUGUGUUUUCUGUCGGGCCGGUCGACAUCAUUUGAAUUAGUCGCUUCGUGACGUUUGAACGGUUUGAAACACACACGCGACGCCCACAUACGCCGAGAGUUACCCGUUGGCCGCUACCCGUUAACCGAUACUAUGUUCAGCGCUCGUCUAAAACGCCGCCGCCAUUAACUCAAAUAAUAUUUUGAUCGAGAAAGAAGGGGAGCACCUUGCACGUGACUGGAACGGGGCAUGUUAAAGGACGCCAACCAGGAGUUGAUUAAACGCCGCCGACUGACGUCGCUCUCCAUGAACGACUUUGCAAGUGAGGUGGCGCCUAUACAGCUGCCUCUGCCGCUCCAAGCGCCGCUGCCCUUGCCAAUGCCGCUCCCGCUCUUGGCCAAGACCCCGAGUAGCGAUCACGGCCCCAUGCACUCGACGCCCCCGACGACGCCGCCCUCGCCCCCGCCUCUGCCCCUAAACAUGAGCCAAGGGGCAGCGGCGGCGGCGGCGGCAGAAACGGUGAGCCCCUCGGAGCACAGUCCGCCGGCCACGCCCCCCGCAGGAGGGGCCCCCGUUGCCAGCGCGGCCCCACAGGACCACUACAGCUUGCGCUGGAACAACCACCAAAACCACAUUCUGCGAGCCUUCGACGCCCUGCUGCAGACCAAGACCCUGGUGGACGUGACCCUGGUCUGCGCCGAGACCUCCAUCCGCGCCCACAAAAUGGUGCUGUCCGCCUGCUCGCCCUUCUUCCAGCGCGUCUUCGCGGAGACGCCCUGCAAGCACCCGGUCAUCGUGCUCAAGGACUUCCGGGGCUGGGUGGUGCAGGCCAUCGUCGACUUCAUGUACCGCGGCGAGAUCAGCGUGCCCCAGCAGCGGCUCCAAACGCUCAUCCAGGCCGGGGAGUCGCUGCAGGUGCGGGGCCUCGUGGAGAGCUCCGUGCCGGAGCACACGCCCACGCCGGCCGCCUCGCCCGACGACUUCCGAAUGCUGGACUCAUCGGUGCUGGCCUCCAGCUUCGAGGACGAGUCUCCCUCGAUGGUCCGGCCGUCGGCAGCCGGCAAGCUGAUGAUGCCCGCGGCCCGCCUGUUUGGCAACGCGUCGAACGCCAUGGCAGCGCUGAGUCUGCGUCGCAAGCGGGAGCAGGACUGCGAACGCGAGCUCGAGAGCGACCAGGAGCUGGGAGGCUGCUCGCCCAUGCCCCGACGCAAGCAGGCACGGCCCCGCCGCCGAUCCGGCGAUGUUCCCCACGACUUUGCCCUGAACAAGGCCGAAACGGAUUCUCUGCAGACUGUGAUCAAGAGCGAGCUGCUCGAACGAGGGGAGGGGGACCCUGACGAGCCGCAGGAUCAGGACCCCACUCAAACGGAUGCGGAGAAGAACAACUCCACUCCAGCGGAGGACUCAGCAGAGCAGGCCAAAGAGAAGCAGUUACUGAAGCCGCAGGAACUCGACAGACCAAUCAAUCUCAACGACAGCCACCAUCAAUUCGAGCUCGACGACGAGGACGACGACGACCAGGAUCAGGACCAGGACCACGACGAGGAGGAAGAGGAGCAGGACAUUGAAGAGCUUAUUCACACGACCAACGAGCUGAGGCGACAGGCUGCCGUGGCUGCUGCGAACGCGGCCGCCAUGUCGCCCGCCCCCUCCCCCUGUCCCAGCGACGGGCCCGAGGACCUGUGCACCACCAAGAAGACCAAGGACGGAAAGGCCAGCGCCGCCCCCUCCUCCGACGGCGAGUCCAACAACAACAACAGCAGCAAGCUGCAGGACAACAACCAGCGCAUAAUGCUGUCCCUGAAGGACAUCCGCCAGCUGAACGCCAAUCCGAACCCAACAGUUAUCCACACGCCCACCAGCUGCUCUGGGGCGAACAACGGACUCCUCAGCUUUCCACCGCCGGGACUCCGGCCACCGGGCCUCCCGAACAGUCCGCCCUGCCACAUGGAGGCGUUGGAGGCCCAGAUGCACGCUGCCGCGGCCGCGGCUGUGGCGGCUGCCGGUGGCGGGGAGCAUCCGUUCCACCACAUGGAGCACCAGAUGGAGAUGUCCUUGGCUGCGGCCGCUGCAGCGGCUGCAAUGCAUCAGCGGGAGCCACGAGACCCCCGCGAUCCGCGCGACCACAACGCUUUCGCCAGCAACAUGCUGGGGCCAAUGGGGAUGCCCCUUGGAGGACACAACGGAGGGCACUCGGGCAACAGCGGCCCGGGAAGCGGAUGUCCUGGACAGGCUGCGCACGAACGCCUCGAAGAGAGCAUGAACCGACUGAGCAAGGAGCUCGGGAAAGAGUUCGGCAAGGACUUUGGCAAGGAGUUCGGGAAGGAAUUCGCCCCGGCCUCGCCGAUGAGUUUGCCCGGGCACUUCAAUGCACCGGAUGGACCUCCGCAUCCGCAUCCGCCAUCGCCACUGCCCUUUCCUGGGAUGUCCUCUGCGAUGACGCUGACGCCGCCGCACAUGUUUGGCCUGGACUCGCCACUCGGACUCUUUCCACCUGGAAUGGAUCCUGGCAAGCUGUACAACCCGCUAAUGGAGAUGAGCGACCCGAGGGACAUGCCUGGCGGACCUCCCCCGUUCCUCAAAAAGAAAAUGCCUCGACCAAAGGGCCAGCACUCGGCGCCGCGCGGUGGGCCUCCCCGAUCCUGGACCAACACAGAGCUGACGGAGGCACUGCAGCACGUGUGGAACAAAAAGAUGACCACCUCGCAGGCCUCGCGCAUCUUCGGAAUCCCCUACAACUCCCUGCUGAUGUACGUGAGGGGCAAGUACGGCAAGAGCUUGAAGCUGGAGCAGCUGCGCAAGGACUGCAUCAGCGGGCCGCCCAUUGAGAUGCUGCAGAUGGGCAUCGGCGGUGGCAGCGGGGGCGGCGGCAGCUCCAGCAAGGGCGAGAAGAGCAAGGAGCGCAAGGAGAAGGAGAAGGACAAGAACUCCGCGGGCAACAACGGCUCCGGUGGAUCGGCCAGUGCACAGGGCGGAGGAUCCACCGCUGGAAACGGGUCCUCCAUGCCGCACCCCGGUGAAAUGGGUCCACUGGGACCUCUGGACCUGGAGCUGGGGCUUCCGCUGGGCCCCCCUGGUGGGCCCCGCAGCGGCAGCUCGGAGUCCGAUCUGCUGGGCAGCUCCGGCGGCCUGUUCAACCCCUUCAACCCGCAGGGCUUCUACCCGGACUUCGCCGGUGGCUUCCCCGGCCUCCCGCUGAGCAUGCUGAACCUGCUGCCGCCGGCGGAGCGCCACCACGCUGCGGCUGCCAUGCACCAACUGGGUGUCACCAUGGACGAGGACUGCAAGUCGGUGGGGUCGAAGCAGUCCUCCUCCAUGGACGACGACUUCGCCGGCCCUGGCAUGCCGCUCUCGCUGGACCAGCGACGGGAGAUUGGAGGGACUGGGACUACACUAGCGCAGUCGAACGGCGGAGCCGGGCAGGAUUGAAACUUGUGGCGGGAUUGGGCAACCGGGACUGCCAACGCCAAUCCAGUGUACUUCCCUGCUUUCGAGCUGGACCAGGAGCAGAGUCCGAGACGGCACUCCCUGCCCACGAGACCCGCCCUCCACCAAAUGGCCUGCCGAGAGCUCAGCUUCAAGCCGGACUUGGUUAUGGCCAGACGGAAGCUGAAGCGCUUCCGGACCAAGCGACCGCUCCAGGAGCAGGUGGAGACGCCGCCGACAGCCGUCCCUGCCACUCGUCCCAUCAGCCACGCUCUGCCACCACUGAGGACUUGAAUGUGAACUCGAAUGCAAUACGUGUACUAUUAGUUGAUUGUUUUUUAUUUGUUUUGUGGCUCCGGAAGACAAUAUUUCGAUUACGAGGAUUUCGAUUCAUUUUGAGCAAACAAGUUGUGUAUAUUUUGCUGGUGCUUUUAGUUCCUAUUCCCAAUUAUAUUCUGAUAUUUUGUACUUUAUUUUAGUUAAGUAAUUGAAUAUAACAAGGCUUACAAAGCAUUUGAGGCAAUACGUGAAACAAUAUAUUACACCCCGUAUUAUUAUAUAAUUUAAGUAAAGGAAAGGAAAGGAAUGAAAUGGAAUAUAAUCAAAAUGAGAAGGAAGGAAACAGUGUAUAUAUGUGGAAAUCCAAACCAACAAACAGCAUUAACUCUACUCAGACUGUGGCUGCAAUGCCCAGUCUCAGGAUUAGAUAGUUGUGAAGCAACCACCAUGCAAUUAGUAGUAUUGAUAAUAUUGACGGAUACUUCGCCGAUGACUGUACCAAAAUUUUUAAUGUUAUUUUAUAAAAGAAAACGAAAGCGAAAAUUAGUUGUAGUCUUAAGUGUUCUCAUAGGAAAUUCGUACUUGUAUAGAAACAUCCUGCACCAGUAUUCCUCACUCAUAGAUGUGCACAUCUCCCUCCCCAAACAUGCACAAUCCAAGUUAUUCAAAGAUGCCGCUUUGUAAAUCUCAGCCAACCUCACCAAAUCCUGCAGAUCAAUCCGUUUUUUAAUCUUAAUUGUAAAAAAACCACAACAAAUCGAUAAAAGGCACACGAAGUGACACAUACCCGCGCAUAGUGUUAAUAAUUUAUAAGCUCAAAUUAAAUAUUUUAAUAUUAAAUAUUACGAGAAAAACAUAUGUAAGUAAACAAAUAAUAAAGUACAUGCAUUACAAUAAAUAGUAAAA